AUGAGCAACCUCAAAAAAAUUGAAAAAUCAGUUGAGGAUUCAUGCACACAAAGAGAUAUUAAUAGAGUUUGGCUAGUAAGAAACAAGAAGACGAUAUACAAAGAUAGUGAUGACAAGUUGAGGACAAAGAAACAGAAUCACAAGGCAGACAAGAAGAGUGCAACAGAACCUGAGACGAGUAUACCUUUACGACUGGCUAAAAGCAUACUACAUCCAUCAAAAGAAGGAAAAUCAAAAUCAACAAGGAUAAGCAAGACGCCAGACGAAAACGAGUAUCAAGAAUCAACCUACAAUGGAAAUUUAGUAGAUAAAUUGAAGGAAGUGAAAGACAUCUUCAAUCAAACGUCCAAUAUGAUGGAAUGGAAAAAAAUUAAUACUGAGGCCCUGAACCAAUUAAAGGAGGAGAACAAAAUAGAUUCAUGGGAGAAAGCAAAGGAUUGGGCUUUAACAAAAAACAAUUUCUUCUGUUUAGAACAAAAAAUCAUCAGGCUAGCGGAACAAACAAAAAUAUUUGAAGAAUACACAACCCUGAACGAUGACUUUAAACAAAGAUUAGAAAAUAAAAAUCAUUAUAAAGAUAAAAAGAAGACCAGUGAAAAGAGACCAAUAUUAGAGUCACCGAGUAAAUGGAGUGAUAUAGAGGAUGAAGAAGAGAGGAACAAAGCUUUCAAGGAAAUGUAUUUGGAACGAAGAGAACAAGAGCUAACCCUAUCUUCUCCACCAGAAAAAAAUGAAGAUACAGAAGAAGAUGAGAAAGAAGAAGUAAAAGUACUGACAAAAGCAUCACCAUCAAAGAAGAAAAAGGGAAAAAAGAAAAAGAAGAAGAGCAACUGA